AGGAGGCCCGGUGGCUCUUAAGCAUUAAGCUUUUUCCUGGGUUGUUUUUGUGUAGAGGAGCUGGCUUGGGUCCCGAGACGGUUUCUCAAGAAGUAUCUGGCCCAUUUAUCUCCCAGCAAAAUGGGGUGGUUUCUUGUAUUUAGGCUCUUUCUUGUUGGUCUUUUGGCCCCUCGAGCGUGGCUUCAAGCUGUUCCUGCAACAGUGAUUCUCUCUUUCCUACCAGAUCAAGUUAAGAUGGAAUGUCUAGGUAGCUUUGCCCGACUCAUAUUGAAACCAAGCUAUUUCCAUAACAAGUAUGUCGGCUUUGCAGCUAUUGAUAAGUAUGGCAGGUCCUGGCUUAUUGAUGAGGUCCUAGCUACACAAUGUGGCUACACGGUUGUCCAGGAUGUCUGGGGAAACCUUGAGCUCCAUGUCUCCCUGAUUGGCUGCUAUGCUCAGAUGGUGGAUGACCAGCACUUCACUCUGACCAUACAAAUAACGGCAGCAACAAAUCCAGCGAUGCGUGAUGCUGCUACAUUCAGAGUCCCAGUGAGCUGUUCAUAUGGCCCAUGGCAGCCACGGGAAGUUGUCUGUGAGGCAAAUUACAUGGAGGUCUCUGUGAGAAGGAAUGUACCACCCAUCCCAGAUGGCUUCCUUCAAGACCAACCUGAAGACUGGGUAGCUGCCUUCCCUGAGGUCCAGGAAGGAGCACCCUCCAUCUGGCAAAUCGUCUUCCACAUGGACACUGGGAAAAAGGCCAUGCUGGUUGCAGAAGCUCACACUGCUGGUUACGGGAUCAACACAACAGACACAAGGAUUGUGUUGAGGGCUUCCUACAAUGCAACGGAGGCACAAAUGGUAGAGGUUCAUGGAGUCCCCUUCUCUGCUGUGAGAUCCAGCACUUACUACAAGCAGCGCUGGAUGCUCCUGAUGGUAGACACAGCUGUGGCUUGUCCAGUAGAUGGAGUCAGCUACACAAAGGAAACCAUCACCUGGACUAUCCCAAAAGACAUCUCUCCCCUCAUGUCUGGAGUAAGCAAUAUCAAAGAGCUGCAUGUGAAGAUGGGUGUUGACCUGCACAAACUGCCUGAACAAGACAUAGCCAGUCGAGGGUACUUGGUGGCCAGUGACAAGGAUGCCAUCACAGUCAAGCUCCCCAUUGGUGCAGUGGGUGGUAACUAUAAAAGCGAUGUGGUGGCUGGACAGCUAGGUGUUGUCUACAAAAUCAGACCGUUUGUAGAGCAUCUGUGGGAAGAUGACAAGAGAGGCAUUACAAAGCACACCAUCCUGAAGGAGAUCAGCACCCCUCUGCAGCUUGUUCCAAUCAAGGUCAUAGAUGCCACCAAUGUUCCACUCCAGCUCUUCAAUACAACAGUUGGGAACUUCUUACCAGAUGUAGAGUUGACCAGUGUCACCGUGAAUGACAUGGGACCUUUGUCACUGCCCGAGGCUAUUGAGCAGUGCUGUGCAAUCCAUGGAAUUGAACAUCCAAAUGGUAGCAAGGACUACGUACUGCAGUUCCCUUUUGAUACACCUGGAGUCAAGAAGGAGUAUGUAGUGGAUGGUGUCAGAAAUUAUACUGCGAACAUCACACUGCACUUUACGGUGAUUCCCCAGGCGAAGAAUUUUGAGGUUCCAGUCACUGUGACGGCCUUGGUGAGGGAUGCAGUGCUGCCCCAAGCUGUAGGGUCCUGUGACGACCAAGCUCUUUACUUGGUGGUAAAGCGUGGCAAUGUGGACCAGGACUGGCUCCCCUAUGUGGAGGACACUCAGUUGACCCAGGACAUGGUGCAGAGACUCGGCUAUAGCUGGCAAGACAACGGAACCCACCUGGCCCUGAGGGUGCCCAGCCAGGCUGCCCAUGUGGCCUAUGAGGAAAUCCAUUCUUCUGGAGUUGUGGCUACCUUCCGGUUGCAGCUGAAGGAGCCUCGUACGCAAGCUGAGAUGAUAGACUUUGCCAUUUCCUGCACCUUCUCGCCUAAAGAACUUAUUGAUUGCCAGCCGAAUGGAACAAUGAUGAUCUCUGCCAUGAAGCUAGUUGGCAUCCCUGACUUGGAACCCUCCCGUCUAAUGCUGAGAGACAGACGCUGCAGGCCUGCUUCAGUGACGGAGGCAGGAGCAACCUUCCUCUUCAAUGUGAGCGCAUGUGGGACAACUCGGAAGUUUGAGAAUGCCACCAUGACAUAUGAAAACGAAGUCCUGUAUUUCCUCACAGGCCAAACGGCACCAGUUUAUCGGUUGAAAUGUGCUUGCCAGUACUUCAUCGGUGAUGCUCUGUUGCUCCAGUACAGCCCUAGAGAAGCCCCUUCGCCAAGUGUCCUGCCUGGAGUUGGGCUGCUGGCCCUUGCCCUUAAAGUGGCUAGAGACAACUCCUACAGGGACUUCUACCAGGACACAGAGUACCCAGUGAUGCGCUACCUGAGAGACCCUCUCCACUUGCAGGUAGAGCUCCUUCACAGCCAGGACCCACAACUGGAACUAUUCCUGGAAGACUGCUGGGCCACAGCCUCACCUGACAGGAACAGUUCCCCACAGUGGAACAUAGUGACUGACAGCUGCGAGAACACGGAGGACUCCCAUCAAACCAUCUUCUACAGUGUUCCGCGCGGCUCUGUCAUGUUUCCAACACACUUGAAGAGGUUUGAAGUGAAAAUGUUCACAUUCAUGGUGAAUGGCCAAGCUCUGCAGGGACAGAUCUACUUCCACUGCAGUGUAGUCAUCUGUGAUGCCAGCUACCCAGCAUCUGAUGCCCUCUGUGCCAGGCAUUGCAUCCCUAGAAGGCAGAGAGUAGGUCGUAGUAUUGAUCACACCAGUGAUCUCCAUGGUUAUGUCUCAUCGGGAGCAAUUGUGAUGGGAAGGAGAAACCACACCAAAACCUCUUAAAUCAAGUGGACUACCAGAGUGGUACCAAUCUGCUGAAAUGGUGGUGUGCUCACUGGCUGUUCUUGCUGUACAUAUAAUAAAGGCUUGGAACAGGGA